AUGCGCCUCCUAAUCACUACCAUAACAACCGCCUUUUUGAUAUCCAGUGCUGUCGGGGACGAAGCGCAACUCAAGAGAGUGCUGGUGCAGGAUGAAUCUUCCAGUCACAAUACCGUUAUGCAUGCCGCCGUACAGGAUCAAAUCACAGACUCUUUAGGUGUUGACAACACGGCGAGCAGCUCUGGCGGCUUGAGCGCUAUAGCUGGAUUCUUAAAGAAGCGCUUCUUUAUAGAAAAGAAACGCAUCAUGAUGUACGACUGUAUGAAUGCGGAUAACCAGGUUGAAUCCGCUCUAUUCUCAAGAGCCAACACAGCUUUAAUCCACGCUUGCUUCGCAAUUGGGCAAAUCAAGAAUUCCACCGUGGGUGCGACUACUCCCACAAUAGUCACCGUUGCGAAAUUUAAUGCACCACCUCCCUACUAUGCUUGGAAUAUUGAGAAUAAGUCUCCAAAGCACAAAAAGAAGGGGUCAAAGAAGUCAAAGAAACUUCGUGAAGACAAGAGGGAAGAAGCAGAGGAAAAAGUACAAGAAAAGUUUGUUAUUGCGAGUGAAGACUGCAAAAUGCUCGGUGUUGUGACCAAGGAUACCAGAGAUAAUCUAUUGUAUCCUUGUGAGAAGCAGUGGCAUGUAGAGCUUUAG